AUGGAGGAAUAUAGCAAAACCGAGAUGGGUAUAACUGCUGUGAUUUUCGGCCUUCUUCCUACCAUGCAGCAGAUUUUUGGCCCGACAGUCGCAGAGGUGAGCAUCCUCGCCAGCCGCCGCCCACUGCUCUCCCUCCUGCUUGGUAUUGCCAUGCCAUCGGUCAGCACGGGCGGACCACUAGCCAAUCCUGCAGAGUCCUUGCGGCGCGCGAGCGACUUCCGUAUUUGCUCUCUCAUUCCCCCUAAAGCAAGAUGGCUCUGGCUGUUGAUAUCCGCAGCUGAAUAUCUAAUCGGCGCCGCCGCCGCUGCCAAUGUGUUAUAUCAGAUAUACCAGCUGGCCUACUGGACCAUUUCCGUCUCAGCAAUUGCGGUGGAUAGUGGGCCAUUAUCAGAGACGUAUACGCUCUUUCUCUGGCUUAUCCUCCUUGCCCCCCUUCAUAUUCUUGGCUUUUGGCGCUUUAAGGUACGGUAUAGGGUAUCUAAAGAGGCUGGGGACCACGAGAAGCUCACAGAACGCAAGUCAUGGCUCCAGGUUAUUAAAAGCGAGUUUGUGCCUUGCGCUUUGGGCAAUCCAAUGUUCCUAACAAAGGUAGAUAAAGGGCCUCUGUCUAUUGCCGUUCAGUGGCUCGCAGACAUAGCGGUAACUGUUGUAUUUAUUUUCAGCACCGUGGCUAUGUCAGGCCAAAUCUUCAUCGGCAUGGGCGACGCAGUUCCGGUCAUAGCCCGGUUUCUGAUGGGCACUUUGGUCAGCCGGCUCAUUUUGCUGUUCGAGCUUCAUGGACUCAGAGAAGUGACGAGCCAGUCACAAAAUAAAGAUGUUGUACAUGGUGGUUACGAGUCGGUUUGCGGACCGGAUGGGAAGUGCGUUCCCACAGAACCUGGACUCUGCUAA